GGAAGUGCGGGGGCUCCAGCCGCCCGGCCGGCCGCAAUGCAUUCUGGGGAAGGAGCAGCACCAAAUCCAAGAUGGCGGCCAGCAGGAGGCUGAUGAAGGAGCUUGAAGAAAUCCGCAAAUGUGGGAUGAAAAACUUCCGUAACAUCCAGGUUGAUGAAGCUAAUUUAUUGACUUGGCAAGGGCUUAUUGUUCCUGACAACCCUCCAUAUGAUAAGGGGGCCUUCAGAAUCGAAAUCAACUUUCCAGCAGAGUACCCAUUCAAACCACCGAAGAUCACAUUUAAAACAAAGAUCUAUCACCCGAACAUCGACGAAAAGGGGCAGGUCUGUCUGCCAGUAAUUAGUGCUGAAAACUGGAAGCCAGCCACCAAAACCGACCAAGUAAUCCAGUCCCUCAUAGCACUGGUGAAUGACCCCCAGCCCGAGCACCCACUUCGGGCUGACCUAGCUGAAGAAUACUCUAAGGACCGUAAAAAAUUCUGUAAGAAUGCUGAAGAGUUUACAAAGAAAUAUGGGGAAAAGCGACCUGUGGACUAAAAUCUGCCACGAUUGGUUCCAGCAAGUGUGAGCAGAGACCCCGUGCAGUGCAUUCAGACACCCCGCAAAGCAGGACUCUGUGGAAAUUGACACGUGCCACCGCCUGGCGUUCGCUUGUGGCAGUUACUAACUUUCUACAGUUUUCUUAAUCAAAAGUGGUCUAGGUAACCUGUAAAGAAAGGAUUAAAAAUUUAAGAUGUUCUAGUUCUGCUCUCUUUGUUUUAAAAAUCACUGCUUCAAUCUACUUCAAAAGAAUGGUGUUUCUUUUCUUGUCCAAUUUUAUCCAAAAUCUUCAAGUUACAUUUAACCCAUAAGGUUUUAAAAAAAGGAAAAAAAAAAGGUUGUGGUUCCCUUUCUUCCCUACCCUUGCCACUCCCACUUUCUGGCACCAAGUUUAUUUUUCACUUACUUACUUCCCCAGACCCCGGGCUCGCCUCCACAAAGGAGAAGAGACUGCCCUGGCGGUCCUGGUGGCUUUUCUUAGCACGUGUGGGACUGUUGCCCAGUGUGGGAGUUGGUUUAAAUUAUCCUGACUCCAGUUUAUAACAUCCUUUUAAAAAAUUUAAAAACAAACAGCCACACCCCUCCUCCAGUCCUUCUCCUCAGUUCUUAUGUGAAACUCCAGCUGAUGUUACCACAGUAACAUCAGUUAAUUGGGCAAGCCCUGAUGUCAGUGUGUGUAACUGACCUCUGGCCUGGCCUGCACAGAGAAACCCUAUAAUCACAGGUCUAUGGUGGCCCCGAAAUGGGGGGCCUGCUAGUCAGGAGGAUGCUGUGCACACUGUGUGUGAUGAAUCUCGCCAGAAAGGCUCCUGAGGUCCCAGGUUGGCACUUCUCCCUGCAGCCAUUGUAGAAGAUCUGCUGGUCCUUGCAGACAAAGCUACAGCCAGAAUGUCCGUUUGAAAUUCCCAGCUCAUCUGUCACCGAGCUUCAUCCGAAUGUGCCACGGAGCUUGCUCUCCACUUCCUCCGUGCAGCGGCCCUGCCACAGCUCUCCCUCGGCACACUUUGACCCUUUGUAGGAUUGGAAUUAGCAGGACUCGGCUAUUUAAAGCACCAGUCUGGGGUCGCCUGGGCCCCUGCUGACCCCUUCCUCCAGAGCAGCCAGCCCAGCCCGGGAACAAGACGGACUUCCUCUCCCUUUGGACUCACAGCCUUUGCAGAGUCAAGCUCCACUUGAAGCUCACUCAGUAAUAUCCUUUCAAUGUGUUUUAUAUUGUUUUGACUGCCUUUUUUUGUAGAAAUAAAAAUUGACCUUAGAAUUUAUCAUCAGAUAAACUUGUAAAGAUUUGAAUAUUAAUGUCUUUUCAAGGCAAAUGGGAUUGUCCCCGCACUAGUAGAGAAUCCAUGUCGCUCUGACACCCCAAGGAAGCCGACGAUCUAAAUGCUGUGUGUCACCAACCCUGCUUCUGCCACUGGCGGCUUCCCUUCUUGGCUCUUGGAGGGGGACUAGAUCCUGUGGAGAAGAUGACUUAAACUUUGCUUUUUGUUUUAAUUUUAAUUCUAUAACUUGAGAUCUUUCCGGGGCCUACAGGCGUGUAAGACAGCUUGGUCUGGUCUGUGCAGAAGUGAGGAGUGAUGGGCAGGUUCGGCAGCCUAACAUUGUUCAGGCGCGUGGCCCCUGCGGCGUGUACAUGAACUCAGCUUCUUUUGUCCUAGGUACGCCAAGGGCAGGUUUCUAGAGACUCUCUUGUGCCCGGGAUGGCAAGGGCACCAGGCUGGUGUUUCCACAUCUGUCUUCAUUAGCAGAAAAGUGAUGAUGGAUUUUAUUUCAUUCACACUCCAGUUUGUAAUAAAAUGCCAAAUUCUGUCAGAAGCUAUCCAAACAA